CAGCACCAUGCACUAAAAUAACCGUACGUGUUGAACACUUCAGGAAUGCUGGACUGUGAUCCUGUUCCAAAGUGUGACACAGCAUUGAGUCAGCUGUUUCAACACAAAUCCCUGCACUAACAGAGUAACUGUCGUCUGUAAUCUGUGGGAGAAACAGUACAGGCAUCAGUGUAAGGGGAGGGGGAUGACGUCUGUAGUUUGGCUCAAAGGUAAAGAACAUUUUUUUGGCAGGUUAUUGGUAUUUUUAUGCCUUGUUUUGAUCCCUGCUGAUCCAUGUCACUGUUAAAGUAAGCAACCAGCUCACAUUCAUGAUUUCAGACCGCUGGUACAGCUGGAUGUUACAGCAUUGUUGCCUCUGUGUUCAUUUUUCUGUGCUUUUUUUGUGUGUUUUUCAGACAUGGGCUUCAUUUCAACACUUGGAACCAUCCUGUUUUUUCUCGGACUAUGCAGGAUCUGUAAAGGAUCUGAACAGGAGAACUGUACAAAUGUUGAUCGUCAUUUUUGGAGGUUUGGAGACAUUUUCUCUGUGCCUGGAGAUGUGGCUAUGCUAAACAGCUCCCUGGUUUCUCCAAAACUCUUCAACUUUACACACGUCCCUUACAACAUCAGCUGGUACAACCUGAAGACAGGCCAAGAGCUGAAUAAUGAGACCGGUCGACUCCUAGUGCACAGGGAGAAUGUGUGGUUUCUGAAUGUAACGCUGGCAGAUACUGGAGAAUACGAGACCAUCCUCAGAACCCCUUCCCACUGCUACAGGCAGGUCACCAAUCUGACUGUGGAAGAACCGGAUGCUGGAGAGUGUGCACGGCCACGGAGAGCAAAACAGAACAUGACAAGUGGAGUCACUAACAAACUGUCCUGUCCUCUGAUGGACUACAUCGAGAAGCUGAACAGUUACGACAUCAGAUCCUCCAUCACGUGGCACAAAGGAUGUCAGCGCAUAGAAGAUGGAACAGGAAUGUUUACCUACUUAGAAAACUAUCUAAAGAUUGAUAGAGUGACAUCGGAGAACAGUGGUACCUACACCUGCACUGUGACGUUCACCCUCGGAGGAGUCAGUGGAUCUGUGUCCGAGACCAUCGAUACCAUGGUCAUAGGGCGGUACUCUUUGGUUCCACAAGUGCGUGAACCAGCCAGUGAGAUCAUCAAAGCACCGAUGGGAUCCAAUUUCACAAAACAGUGUCUGGUGUUUGUGCCCAGCGUUGGAGAGCCAGAAGUUGAUGUGUUUUGGGUGGUUAGAGGUCGCUUAAUUUCAUCACACCUUCCUUCAGACCGUGUCUACACAACAGAAAAACACAAGACUUUGCGGUGGGAGGAUAGUCCCAUUAAAGGGGCAUGGCUCGAGAGGCUGCUGAUCAUUUCUGAGCUGAAAACAGAAGAUUACUACCUCAACUACACCUGCCGGGCCUUCAGUGCUCGGGGGAAUCCUAUGGGCUAUUUUACGUUGCUACCAACAGAUCCAAACGUUAUGGUCCCAAUUGCCUCCACAUUAUGUAGUCUAGCACUUCUGUUUAUCAUCGGUGUCAUCAUCCUCUACAGUUUCAAGGUUGACAUUGUGCUCUGGUUCAGGAUGUCAUUUCCUGUCUUCUACACCGAUAAAGACUCCGAUGGGAAGCUGUACGAUGCCUAUGUGGCGUAUCCACAGAAGAGUGCAUUUGGAUUCAGUAAGGACGUGGAGAUGUUUGCCCUUCACACUCUGCCUGAGGUGUUGGAAAAGGCCUGUGGCUACAAAUUGUUCAUAGUGGGUCGUGACUGUCUGCCUGGAGAAGCCAUUGUGGACUCAGUAGAGGAAAACAUCCAGGCCAGCCGCCGCAUGUUUCUACUCUACACUGCCUCCACUUUCACCAGAAAAAGACCCACCAGCAGUACCAGUAGCAAUAACAACAACAUCAUCAUGUCUGACGGCAGUGUUGACAGCGACAACACUGACAGCCAGAGAGUUAACAGCUGUGAAGUGGAGUAUCCAGACGCGAGGCAGCAGCUGGAGCGUGUGGCAGCAAUGCACAGAGCACUGCUGGAGGGAACCCUGAAGGUGAUUCUAGUCGAGCUGGAGGAAAUCAGCCCAUCUCAGCUGGAGCAGUUCCCAGAGUCGGUGCGUCACCUGAGGAAGAGGCAGGGCGCUGUGUGCUGGUGGAAGAACAAGAAGAAGACACAUGUAUGGAGGACUUGUAUAAAGAAAGGAGAGGAUGAGGAGAAGGAGAAGGGAGAACAAAAUAUGGAACUGUCCGCAUCCCUGUCACCUUCCUCCAGGUUUUGGAAGGAAAUGAGGUAUCAUAUGCCUGUGAGGGGCAAGAGGGCGGCGUAUCCUGAGAAAACAGCCCUGCUGAACUUGUGAUCCAAGUCCAUAUUUGUAUUUGUACAAACGGCCGAGUAUCCCAUCAUGGAAAGCAAAGACUCACUGGUGUUUGUUCAUAACUUAUUCCAAAGCUUGGAGUUUCCAGAGUUUGUUUGCCUUCAUAUAACCCACUAUUGAUGAUGAACUGAAUGGAAACUGAAGGCAAACAUGGACAAAGAACUGCAGAAAUGAUGUAUAUAAAAUGUGUACAUAUGUGAUGACAAAUGCUAAUAUGUAAAAAUACAUGUCAAUAGUGUCAUAAGUGCAAGAAGGGAAGCAGCACACUGUGAAUCUGAACUGUACUGAUGUUUAUUUAAAGCUCAAAGUGUCACAUCCCUGUCUGCUCUGCUCUCUUUUUUCUUUCUCCCUCUCUUGGCCACGCCUCCUCAUCUCUCUCUGCCACACCUGCCAAUCAGCCUAACUCCGUCCACCUGUGUUCCCCAGCUGCAGCUCAUAAGCUGGGCCGUAUACAUUCACCUCUUCUGCUCUUUGUGACUUGCCAGAUUGUUCUACCUUGUGUGUACACGUACUCUCUAGCGUUAUUCUCCAAGCCUGAACCUAGAGCCUGACCCUGCUCGUUCCGACCCAGCCCGUCUGCCUGCCCGACCUCACCUGCCUGUCUUUGUCCCCGGUAAACGACCAGCCUUUGUUUGACCACGUCUCUCCACCUGAGCCCCGGAUGAUCUGUCCCUUCUGUCCCUGACCACGUCUCCAGCCUGAGCCCUCUUGGUCCUGUUCGGGUUCCCCGGCUCCCGACCCACCGCCUGUCUUUGACUCUUCUGCUGCCUGUCCCCUGUCUGUUGAAAGUUUGUCUGUUAAAUAAACU